AUUUUAAAAAUUAAAAAAUUAAAUUAAAACCACGACUUGUUAAAUGGAGCGAGUAAUACGUAAUCCCGUGGAAGAUUCUACAGAACAGAACAAAUGGCUAAAAGUCAAGAAUAAUUGGAGACAUAUAAGAAGGGAAAAUUUAAAAACAGGCUGUCCCGGGGCUGAAUGGAAAGUUCAUGUCGGCGUGUGGAAUGGGGCGUGGAAAAUCAUGUUAGGUUCCAUCUACGAGCUGAACUGCAGAUCAGUGCUCAAUCGCUGUCCCUCCAGUUACAGGAGGUGUGAAGGGGUAACCUCUGUCAAAGUUGCAAGCUAUGGCCGAUGGAGACUAAGAGGAGAGUCGAAAGGAGAGUUGCAAGCUAUGGCCGAUGGUGCGCAAAGUGUAGAGGAGAGUCGAGAGGAGAGUUGGGAGGAGUUGGAAGACCAGAUGUGGCGGGAUGAUACCAGAUGGGUGCGCAGGAUGAGACCAGAAUCCAGAAGAUGCAAUGAGUUUUAGCUUUUAGGGUUUUCUUUCUUUAAUUUAUAAGUAGAAAAGUUGAAAAGACAAAAUUAACCUUAAAAAUUUUU